GUACCAAAUCCCACGGCGCCUUAGUAAGUUAUCAGUGGUAACAGCGAGCGAUUCGGUUCAUGACAUUCAAGCGUUUCCAUGCACUGAACCAUAAUUGUAGCUUAAUUUCUCAUUCGACAGCUUCUCAUCUGUCAUCCAACAUUGUUGUUCUGUUGUCAUUUGUGACAAUUACUCAGGCAAUGAUUAAUCAAUAUUGCUAUCUUAGUUGUCAGAGCACUUAAUGAUGUCCAAUCCGAACCUUCUACUACUCAAUCUAUUUGCACAGAAACUAGAUAUUGCCACCAUGCAUUCACCAUCAUAUCACCCUUGAUGAUCAUUUCAUGUCAUUGUCAACUCGGUGACAUCUCCGCAGAUAACAUUGAGAAUUACGUUUGCUUGUACAUUUGUAUUUCAACGUGCAGUAAUCACAGGCUAACCCCCGCAGGGUGACAUCUGCCCAUCGGGAUGGCGGACCCAGAGCUCACAUCCCCAUCACCCGUGACCCAUCGCUUGAAUGACACAGGUGGGAUCUUUGAGUUGUCGCUCCAGAACGUUUCCUCGGAGCGCAAAACUCAAUUUGAGGGUGUGGAGCUGCUGCAGUCCUUCAAGCUGCUCAUCAUUCCCUGCUACACUCUGGUGGCCCUGGUGGGCGUCGUCGGGAACUACCUACUACUCUACGUCAUCUGCUGCACUCGCAAGAUGCACAACAUCACCAACUUCUUCAUCGGGAACUUGGCCUUCUCCGACAUGCUCAUGUGCGCCACUUGCAUCCCCUUCACACUGGCCUAUGCCCUCAACCCACACGGGUGGGUUUUUGGCCGCUUCAUGUGCUACCUGGUCUAUCUCAUCCAGCCGGUGACAGUGUACGUGUCAGUUUUCACCCUCACUGCCAUCGGGGUGGAUAGAUACUACGCUACAGUGCAUCCACUAAAGAAGCGCAUCUCAAUCUUGGCAUGCACCUACUUGCUGUGUGCUAUCUGGCUGCUGUCCUGUGCUCUGGUGGCUCCUGCUGUGGCUCACACCUACCAUGUGGAGUUCCAAACCGAAGGCUUCACCAUCUGUGAGGAAUUCUGGAUGGGUCAGGAAGGCGCGCGUCUGGCCUACGCGUACGGCACUCUCUUCAUCACCUACGUGCUGCCUCUGUCUGCCCUCAGCAUCUCUUACCUGUGCAUCAGCGUCAAACUGAGGAACUGUGUCGUUCCGGGCUAUCACACUCGGAGCCAGGCUGAGGCUCAGCGCCUGCGCAAGCGCAAGACCUUCCGCCUGGUCAGCCUGGUGGUGGCCGCGUUUGGCAUCUGCUGGAUGCCCAUCAGCGUCUUUAACGUGUUGCGCGACAUUGACAUUGAUCUGAUUGAUAAGCGCUACUUCCUGCUCAUUCAGUUGCUCUGUCACCUGUGCGCCAUGAGCUCAUCUUGCUGUAACCCAUUCCUCUACGCUUGGCUCCAUGGCCGCUUUCGUGGCGAGCUGCGCAAAAUGAUGGUGUGCCACAGACGUAUUGGCAUCGCUGCCAACAACGGCGCCACCGCCAGUGUUGUGCUGUGAAAAAGGCUUCUGAAAUUAUUGAAGUCAGGGAUCACUGUGAGAAGGAAAUGGGUUUAACUUUUCCAGUCUAGAAGCUGCUCAUGUACAAAAGCUGUGUUGCUAACAGAGUAAUUUAGUUGCAACAUUCAGUAACUUUUCAAAAACUGCUAGUGUGUUAAAGCCAAAUUCAUUCCCAAAAUGUUCUUUUAAUAAAAUGUUUUGUACUGCCCAAAUAGUCGAAACACAGUGUUCUGAUAAUGUUUUGUUGGUGGACUACGAAUUAAAAAGGCAAAAUCCACCUGUUUUUAUUCAUACAGGGGGCGGCCUGAGAUGGAUAAAAACAGGUACAUUUAGCUGCUUAAAUCAUAUUCCACAUAUGCAAUAUAAAUCAGAAUGCUGUUUUUAGACUAAUGGGGACAAAUUAAACAUAUUGUAUAGACAUUUUUGGGUUGACUUGGUGGUUAAGUGUGAUUUCUCUGAGGAACCGUUCUAAAUGCAUUUGUAGCAUUCUAUUAUUUCACCACCAGAUGGUAAAAAAAUAAAUAAAUAAAUAAAUAAAAAAUACACACUGUCCCUUUAAUAAACUGUAAGUGUGUCCUCCAUGACUACACGGCACCACACUGCCCCCGAGAGGCAAAGGCUCACAGAUCAGGAACAGCUAGUACUUGGUUUUUUUUUUUAGGUUGUUUAGAUUGCUAUUAUUUUAUAGCAUUAAAAUUUGACAUUGUUACAAAUUCAUUUUGUAAAGAUGAGAUUUGGAGUUUU